AUGUCCUCACGAAAGAAGAUUCUCUUGAAGGUGAUCAUACUUGGUGACAGCGGUGUUGGCAAGACUUCACUCAUGAACCAAUAUGUCAACAAGAAGUUCUCGGCCAGCUACAAGGCCACAAUUGGCGCCGACUUCCUCACCAAAGAAGUCUUGGUAGACGAUCGGUUAGUGACGAUGCAGCUAUGGGACACCGCCGGACAGGAACGCUUUCAGAGCCUAGGCGUAGCCUUCUACCGAGGAGCAGAUUGCUGCGUGCUGGUGUACGAUGUCAACAAUGCGAAAAGUUUCGACACGCUAGAUUCAUGGCGGGACGAGUUCCUAAUACAAGCAAGUCCGAUGGACCCGGAGGGCUUCCCAUUUGUGGUCCUUGGUAACAAGGUGGACGUGGGUGAGGACAAGAGGGUGAUCAGCACCAAAAGGGCAAUGGCGUUUUGCCAAGCAAAAGGCGGCAUACCGUACUUUGAGACAAGUGCGAAGGAGGCGGUGAAUGUUGAGCAAGCAUUUGAAGUCAUUGCACGCAAUGCGCUAGCGCAAGAAGAAUCGCAAGAUUUCAACCCGGACUUUCCGGAGACGAUUCCGAUCAACAUCGGCGAGCAGAACCAAGGAUGCUCUUGCUAA